AUGCGAAUAGCAUCAAACACGAUCCUCAGAGCCGCCUACACGGCCACCUGGCUCGCCUCCUCGGCCCUCGCGAUGCCUCGAAUCAUGGACCGCGAAGACCCUCCGCCGUCGCCGCCGUCGCCGCAGACACCCAUCGCGACAGCCGGCCAGGUCGACAUCACAACGCCAAACACGACCGCCCCGGGCGCGCCACAGCAAGACAACAAGCCGCCCAUCCCGAUCACGGUGCAGCUCUACGGCAGCUCGCCGGGCGUCAAGACGUGCCGCAGCGGCGCGCAGCUGGUCGACAUGGAGCUGCCCAAGACGGCGUCCAAGAUGGCGCAGUUCACGGAGCGCAACGGGCAGUGCUACGACCUGCCGGGCACCGCGCAGUGCGGCGUCUUCAUGGCGAACAAGGCGGACGGGUGCGAGGCGCAGCUGUUCCGCGGGUACAAAUGCGAGGGCUUCACGAACGUGGCCGUCUUCCAGGACGAGCUGCGGCCGGUCGGUGGGUUCUUCAAGAGCAUGGCGAUCAAGUGCGGCGUGCCCCCGAUCGAGGUCGCGCCGCUGAGUCUGGGCGGGCUGGGGGCGGCGAAGAUGCAGAAGCCGGUGCCGAAGGAUGGGGGGAAGAGGAGGGCGGCGAGGGCGGUUGACGCUGCGAUGCAGGCUGGGCUGACACAGGGGGGGGAGACGUGA